AUUCCCGACUGAUUCGGCAGAUUCCCGGGAUGUGGUACCGAUCAUAAACCCAGCCGGGACGCUGUUGGAAGGCGCUCUAGUUUUGGGUUGGCUGACUGCGUUAGCAACUCUGCUAACAGAUAGCCCGCUAACACUAGCGUUUAUUCGAUUGAAAAGCCGCGAUCUGCGUAUAGUUCGUCACCAAGGACGCUGUAGCAUUUAACUUUCGUAUUUUUCACGAUGACACAGGGCCACCGGUCGAGUUUCGUCCUUCCUUUUACACCUGUAUGCAGUGUCAGACAGACCAAACGUCCAGCGAGGCUGUUUGCUAAUGUUUGCUGUGAGCUAUUCAAGCACAGGACGCCAAUUGUUUUCUUGUGCGGACAAACUCGGACUGGGAACAGCCAGCUGGAAGUUGUUCGGCUAAACUGCACGCAGCGCAGUUUUAACGUUAGCCAGCGCGUCGGUAUUUAAGGUUUCGUACUGACGGGGUUUUUGUUUUAUUCUUGUUGUCUUUUUCACAACUUUCUCCAUGACCAAAAACGUCUUGUGCGGCGGAAGAAAGCGCGAAACAGCUGAGUUAGCGCAUGUUUCACACACCGUCAUUUACCUUCUAGGGUGUGUGUGUGCGGCUCUUUGGACCCUUUGUUUCCGUCACCGUGCACAGCUCUCCGUGUUUGUUCAAACUAAUCCCACAGCUUCCUACUUUUAAAACUCGUGCUUGCUUUGAUGUUGUAAGAGGUGCAGUACAUUUGGCGAUCCGUUUCACUGGUAUUUCUAUUGCUGCUACGUUUUUGUGUUUUCUAAUAAUUUUGAAGCAUAGUUUAUUUAUUAGUAUUUUCAGUGUGCCAAAGUCCAGGCCUGAUUUUGCAGUAAUCGUGGACUUUGGCCUUCAGAAGUUGGGGUUGGUCUUAAUUUUGGUUUAUGAAGUUUAUAAAACUGCGACAGACCUUCAUUACAGCUGCAAGUAGUGGACCAUAACCUUUAAUUCACAAAGACCUCUUUUCCACUUGUCCAGUGCCUAAUCUAGAGCUGGUUCAAUGCAUUCCAGUAAAUGGGGGGGAGGGAUGACUACUUUCUGUGCCAGAAAAGUGUGAACCAGCUCAGUGCUGCAAAUUUACUGGUUGUAAAAGUUGGAAGGGGCUUUAGCUAGAAAGUAACAGUAUUUGCCAAAUAAGCCCCAGGAUUUGUCUGCUGUGAUUGUCUUUUUUCUUUAAGCUAUGUAACGAUCAGUCCUCAAGCCUUUCAGAGCUGGACUGGCUCUGUGUCGGUGCAAAAGAGGAUUAUCCUCUCCCAUCCCCCUUACCCCCUCUGUCAGAGCAUGGCUCAGGAGACCAAUCAGACGCAGGUGCCAAUGCUUUGCACUAUGGGAUGCGGUUUCUAUGGUAACCCCCGCACCAACGGCAUGUGCUCGGUCUGCUACAAGGAACACCUGCAGAGACAACAGGGAGGGGGGCGGUCCAGCCCCCCUGGAGAGAAAGCUGCUACUUCACCAGCGGGAUCACCAGGAUCGGCCGGUACAACUGUGGAGAGCACAACCUCAGAGCCCAGUACAGAGGUGGCAGGAACCCCACCUGAGGAACAAACAACCAGUCCCAGCUCCACCAGCCCAGUAACUCAACAGAUGACAGCUAUGAGCAUCUCCCAGGAUUCAGGAGCUGUGGAUUCUGAUCGAGCAGAAGCCGAGGAGGGUGAAGAGGAGGGUACUUCAAACAGCACAGAGCCAGUCGGGGAAGCUGCGCAGGCUUCGUCUGAUGGCGACCAGACUCCUGAUAAAAACAAGAAAAAGAAUCGCUGCUUUUCUUGCCGGAAGAAAGUAGGACUUACUGGUUUUGACUGUCGCUGUGGCAACCUGUUCUGCGCCAUCCAUCGUUACUCCGACAAACACGACUGUCCCUAUGAUUACCGGAGCGCAGCCGCUGCCCAGUUACGCAAGGAGAACCCCAUCGUAGUGGCUGAGAAGAUUCAGAAGUUAUGAGGACUGAGAGCAAAAAAGAAGUUUCUGACUUUGUGAAUUUGAACAAUGGCGACUUGGAUGAAAA